GUCGUCUUUUGUUACGUUCCACACUCCCAUGACAUUCAAAACCACAGGACCCCAAUCCUAGACACUCAACCAAGGGUAUACAUUUUAAUUCUAAAUUAAAAUAAAACCACCCUUUUUUCUUCUUAUCACCCAUGGUUGCCGGCAAGGUAAGGGUAGCAAUGGGGUUCCAGAAGUCACCCGCGCCGCCGUAUACUCCUCCGCCGCAGAAGAAGCAGCCUCCUCCUUCGCCCUCCACGACCAAGUCUUCGUCUCACAAGUCCUCAUUCUCUCGCUCAUUCGGCGCCUACUUCCCGCGCUCCUCCGCUCAGGUCCAGCCCCGACCACCAGACGUGACCGAGCUCCUUCGUCUUGUCGAGGAACUCCGGGAGAGCGAGUCUCGCUUGAAAACAGAGCUUCUCGAGCACAAGCUUCUCAAGGAAUCGGUCGCCAUUGUGCCAGUUCUGGAGAACGAGAUCAACGCGAGGGAAAGCGAGAUUGAAAGGAGCAAAAGGAGAACGGAGGAGACGGAAGCAGAGAACGAGAGGCUGAAGAAGGAGUUGCAGGAACUGAAGCUUCGAAGGGAAGAAGAGGAGAGAGAGAGCGAGAGGAAAAUAAAGGCGUUGGAGGAUGAGAUAGCAGAGCUGAAGAAAACGGCUUCGUUUAGUGGUAGCAACAGAACAGAAGCGUCGGAAAAUGACGAGCACCCUUCUUCGCAGAGGUUCGUGGAGGUUUCGUUUAGGUCCAAUCUCAUGAAAAGCUUGAAGAAAACGGCAUCGGAUCUUGGAAGCUUGAGCCAGAAGCAUUUUGAAGGCGUUGAUUUCAAAAGAGAGGUUGCUGAAAUGGAAAGGCCACGUCACUCGCGCUGUAACUCGGAGGAACUCGCCGAUUGCUCUGACUCAGCUCUCUCCGGUGCAGUCAAAUCACGUGCUCCUCGUGUUCCCAACCCGCCGCCGAGACCGUCGUCUUCUUCGCCGCCGUCUCCAUCUGGUAGUUCUUCUGCGGAGAAAAAUGACGCCGAAACAGAGCAAGCCAUUCCUCCACCCCCACCGCCGCCACCUCCUCCCCCAAUGAAGGCAGCACCGCCUCCUCCUCCACCUCCCCCGCGGAAAUCUGCUUCUAAGGCGGCUCCUCCUCCGCCUCCUCCGCCGCCGAAGGCCGGUAGGUCUGUUCCGGCGAAGGUGAGGAGAGUGCCGGAGGUGGUGGAGUUUUACCACUCGCUGAUGCGUAGGGACUCGCAACAGCGGCGGGAGUCGAGCUCCGGGGCCGCGGCGGAAGUUCCGGCGACAACGAGUGCUCGCGACAUGAUCGGCGAGAUCGAGAACCGCUCGACUCACUUGUUGGCGAUAAAAACAGAUGUAGAAACACAAGGAGACUUUAUAAGAUAUUUGAUCAAAGAAGUGGAAAGUGCAGCAUUCACGAACAUCGAAGAUGUGGUGCCUUUUGUCAAAUGGCUUGACGACGAGCUCUCCUAUUUGGUUGAUGAAAGGGCAGUGCUUAAACACUUUGAUUGGCCAGAGCAAAAGGCCGAUGCUCUGCGUGAAGCUGCAUUUGGGUAUUGUGAUCUGAAGAAACUUGAAUCUGAGGCUUCGUCUUUUCGCGACGAUCCUCGGCAUCUGUGUGGUCCAGCGCUUAAGAAGAUGCAGACUCUCUUGGAAAAAUUAGAGCAUGGAGUUUACAAUAUCUCAAGAAUGAGAGAAUCGGCUACCAAGAGAUACAAAAUCUUCCAAAUACCUGUGGAUUGGAUGCUUGAUAGUGGUUCUGCGAGCCAGAUCAAGCUGGCAUCAGUAAAAUUGGCCAUGAAGUAUAUGAAGAGAGUAUCUGCUGAGCUUGAGACAGUUGGUGGUGGGCCAGAAGAGGAAGAGCUCAUUGUCCAAGGAGUUAGAUUUGCAUUCCGAGUACAUCAGUUUGCUGGUGGUUUUGAUGUGGAGACAAUGAGGGCAUUUCAAGAACUGAGAGACAAAGCGAGGUCAUGCCAUGUUCAAUGCCACAGCCAACAACAGAAAUUAUUCUGCAGGUCUGCAACAUGCUAAAGCUGGAGCAAACUCAGCUUCAGAGAACUAGUUCCGCCCCCUCCUACUUUUCUUUGCUGUAGUUUUGUGAAUAGAAUGGCAAGUUGUAUUAGCAUUCAUAAUUCAUGAUUCAUCCAUUCAUUACUGUGAAAACACAAAUUUGGUUCCGCUCUGGCACAUGUUGCUGUUGCAAAUUCACUGCACG